AUGCCUCAUGGGGCUCAAAUAGGUAGUAGUGGUGCGCAAUCAAAUAAUCAAGAAGAUGAAACACCACAAUUUUGCACUCAAGGUAGCUUAGAAACAGUUAACCUUGGUGAAGAAGUUGCAUCCGUACGUGUUGUGAAUACGCAUAAACAAAGGUUCCAACAAAAAGAGGAUGAAAUUCUCAUUCAAUCAUGGCUCAACGUUUCAAAAGAUUCAAUUGUUGGGGUUGAUAAAAAAAAGAGAUAG